UGCGCUCUCUAGCUACUCCACGUUUCGUGCCGCGUAAGCAACAAGUGUUGCCGGCUGUCACGCGGGAAACGUAUGUCCGAUUCGUUCGAUUUUGUAGCGCGAAGUAAGUGAAAGUAAAUGCCGUCGUUUUCGACCGUGACGAGAUCCGAGUGGCCGUAAUAGUCAAUUUGCUCCCCGCGCCAUUCCGAACGUAUGUACGUUUUGUAUGAAUUUUUGUCAACACGAGUUCGGAUAUGGAAGCAACCGACACGGAUGACGAGAUUGUUGUGUUACAACACACAAAAGCGGAAAGAGACAACGUUUUGGUUGCGUAUCAGACGCUAAAAUUCUCGAAGAAGGACAAGGACUGUUACGAGGUCGCGGACAUCGAACGCAGGUGCCUCACUAUGAAGUACAGGACGGCGAAAGUGUUUUUUUGCAGCGACUCGGAGGACACGGCAGCGACACUGCUCCGCAAGGAUCUCUUGAAUUACAACGCUGUUCUACGAGAUGAGAAGGGAGUAAACAAUUAUUGGAAACAGAUUAAAUCCCAACUGCCGGAUGUCAAAAACGAUCCGUUACAGUGGAAGUCAGGAUUGAGUGACGUUGACGUCGCGCUGAAUUUCAUAAAGCCUUUGCCUUGUCAAGAAGUUAACACUUUACCAUGCAAAGGUAGAGAUUAUGACGAUAGUGAUAUAGAAAAAAUCGUGAACAACUCGAAGAAGAAAAACAAUUCACCAGAGAAAACUCGAAAAAUUUCUCAAGUGUUGCAAGCAAGCUCCAGUCGUAGCUCAAGUAAGGAAGUUUUCUCAAAGCCUGGUCCCAGCAGGCAAGAAAAGGUGUCUUCGUAUUUCACGCGCAUUCCCAAGGACGAUGAUCAUUUCAGCAGGCCUGGAACUUCCAAACAAAAUCUAGUUAGGUCACAGUCGUAUACAUGUACACCUACACCUACAUCUCAAAGUUCAAGUAAAUCUGUGCAGCCUCCAAAAUUGGGCAAUGGUACAAAGGCUGGAUUGAAAAACUUGUACAGACCAAUAAAUCCGCACGCACCAAAGCUAGAACCAGCUAGUCCUUCCCGACCUGUCGAUGAAGCUGACGAGGAGACGCGAAGAAGCACGGUUGAUUCUUUCAAGAGUGCGAGAGACGAGCUGUACAUCCAGGAGAUGAAGCAGAACAGAUCUGCACCGAAGAAGACUCUGGGUGGGCGAACAGCUGCCAACGCCCAGUUUGUCUGUCCCUUCAAGCGGGAUAAAGAGAGAUCGACGCAGAGCAGCGCUAGCCGGCCAGCUGACCGGUCACAUGAUGGGGCAGGAGCGGAGGAAGAAGUGGACGAGAGAUUGAGGAACAUUGAUCCGAACAUGAUCGAGCUGAUCAAAAGCGAGAUUAUGGAAUCGGGUAAGACGGUAACGUGGGACGACAUCGCGGGCCUCGAGUACACCAAGAAGAUCAUCAAGGAGGUAGUGGUGUUCCCUAUGUUGAGGCCGGACAUUUUUACAGGCCUCCGUCGUCCACCGAAGGGAAUCCUGCUGUUUGGCCCGCCAGGAACGGGCAAGACGCUCAUCGGCAAGUGCAUCGCCUCCCAGAGCAAGUCCACGUUCUUCUCGAUCUCGGCGAGCUCUCUGACCUCCAAGUGGAUUGGCGACGGCGAGAAGAUGGUCCGCGCCCUGUUCGCGGUCGCUAGGGUGCAUCAACCGUCCGUCAUCUUCAUCGACGAGAUCGACUCGCUGCUGACGCAGCGCUCCGAGACGGAACACGAGAGUUCCAGGCGCUUGAAGACGGAGUUCCUGGUGCAGCUGGACGGCGCAACCACGUCUGACGACGAUCGCAUCCUGAUCGUCGGCGCAACCAAUCGGCCGCAGGAACUGGAUGAAGCUGCUAGGCGCCGGCUCGUCAAGAGACUAUACGUGCCCCUGCCGGAGCUCGAGGCACGUAGACAGAUAAUUAACAAUCUGCUGGCCUCGGUGCGGCAUAAUCUCGGUCAAGAGGACGUAACGAGGAUCGCGGAGAAAUCGGCGGGAUAUUCCGGCGCCGACAUGACGAAUCUGUGUAAGGAAGCCAGUAUGGAACCGAUUCGCAGCAUUCCCUUCAGUCAGUUGGAAGACAUCGAGAUGGAAGAAGUGAGGCACAUAACGAGCCGCGAUUUCGACGAGGCGCUGAUCAACGUGAGGCCGAGCGUGUCGCAAUCGGACCUGAAUAUUUAUAUCGACUGGGAUCGUACUUAUGGUUCUGGCACCGCGCAAAACUACAAAGUAUAAUAAAUACACAUCGAGUUAAUUAGAAUAUUCAGAAAAUUGUAAAAUUACUUUUUUUAGUGUUUAUUUUCUUAAUAGAUCAUUUAUUUUUGUAACAAAUGCACACCUUUAUAUCAGGGCAAAGAAAAUGUAAUAAAAAUUUCAUCGCGUUAAUAUAUUGAUUAUAAUUGGAUGAAAUUAUGUGUGUAACUAUUAUGUUAGAAAUUAUGACUAAAAAUUGUAAUGAAUUAUGCAAUGUUUAGUUAUUUCAUGGAGAAUAAAUUGUUUUCAAAUUUGCUAAGAA